AUGAAUCAGUUCAAGCCCAUCUUCUUGAACACCAUUGACCCGUCUCACCCCAUGGCCAGACUGAAGCGUGCUGCUAACACACAGAAGUGUAUACGUGCAGGAGGGAAGCACAAUGAUCUGGAUGACGUUGGUAAAGAUGUGUAUCACCAUACAUUUUUUGAAAUGCUUGGUUCCUGGUCUUUUGGAGAUUACUUUAAGAAACUGGCAUGUAAAAUGGCCCUAGAGCUUCUCACACAGGAGUUUGGCAUUUCCAUUGAACGUUUGUAUGUAACAUAUUUUGGAGGAAAUGCUGAUGCCGGUCUAGAGCCAGACCUAGAAUGCAAACAGAUUUGGAUGGACCUUGGUGUUGCAGAGGCUCGUGUAUUGCCUGGUAGUAUGAAGGAUAACUUUUGGGAGAUGGGUGACACCGGCCCCUGCGGCCCUUGCAGUGAGAUCCACUUUGAUCGUAUCGGGGGACGGGAUGCCUCCCACCUGGUCAACAUGGAUGACCCUAACGUUUUGGAGAUAUGGAACCUGGUGUUCAUCCAGUUCAACAGGGAGUCGGAGACUGUGCUGAAGCCCCUGCCGAAGAAGAGCAUUGACACAGGAAUGGGUCUCGAGCGGCUGGUCUCUGUCCUGCAGAACAAGAUGUCAAACUAUGACACUGAUCUCUUUCUCCCAUACUUUGAAGCCAUUCAGAAGGGCACCGGGGCCCGUGCAUACACUGGUAAGGUGGGUGCAGAAGAUGAAGAUGGCAUCGAUAUGGCCUACCGUGUGCUGGCGGAUCAUGCUCGUACUAUUACCAUCGCUCUGUCUGAUGGAGGGCGCCCUGAUAAUACUGGAAGAGGUUAUGUGCUGAGGAGGAUCUUGAGGCGUGCGGUCCGUUACUCUCAUGAGAAGCUUGGAGCUCAGAAAGGCUUCUUUGCCUCAUUGGUGGAUGUGGUGAUGGAGUCACUAGGCAAUGCCUUUCCAGAGCUGAGGAAAGACCCAGAGAUGGUGAAAGACAUUAUAAAUGAAGAGGAGGUGCAGUUCCUCAAAACCCUCAGCAGGGGGCGCAGAAUUCUUGACCGAAAGAUCAUGAGUCUUGCAGACAGCAGGACCAUUCCUGGUGACACAGCAUGGCUGUUGUACGACACAUACGGUUUCCCCCUGGACCUGACCUCUCUCAUAGCGGAGGAAAAGGGGAUGCAGGUGGACUUGGAGGCUUUUGAAGAGGAGAAAAAAGCAGCACAGCUAAAGUCACAGGGCAAAGGUGCAGGUGGAGAGGAUCACAUAAUGCUCGACAUUUACGCCAUUGAAGAGCUGAGAAACAAGAAUGUCGCGGCCACUGACGACUCUCCCAAAUACAAGUACACCUCAGAUGAAAAGGGCAACUAUGAGUUUGAGGCGACCACAGCCACAGUCCUGGCGCUGCGUCGGGAUCGUGCCUUCUGUGACGAGGUGACCACGGGGCAGGAGUGUGGCGUGCUGCUGGACCAAACCACCUUCUAUGCUGAGCAGGGAGGCCAGACUUUUGAUGAGGGCUUUAUGCUCCGGGAACUUGACAGUACAGAAGAUCGUAUGGAGUUCACAGUAAAGAACACACAAGUCAGAGGUGGAUACGUUUUGCACAUCGGCACAGUUUACGGCACUCUUAAAGUUGGUGACCAUAUCACUCUGCAUGUAGACGAGGCUCGUCGGAGGCCAAUCAUGAGUAACCACACAGCAACACACAUUCUGAACUUUGCCUUACGGGGGGUGUUGGGUGAAGCAGACCAGAGGGGCUCCCUGGUCGCCUCUGACCGCCUUCGUUUUGAUUUCACUGCAAAAGGAGCUCUGAGCACUGGAGAAGUGCGACGCACAGAGGAGAGUGCCUGCGCCAUGAUCAGAGACGCUAAGCCGGUGUAUGCCAUGGAGGCCUCUCUGGCACAAGCUAAAGCCAUCCAGGGACUGCGGGCUGUUUUUGAUGAGACUUAUCCUGAUCCUGUGAGAGUGGUGUCGAUAGGGAUCCCAGUCCAGGACCUGCUGGACGACCCCAGUAGUGCAGCUGGCUCACUCACCUCCAUUGAGUUCUGUGGAGGAACCCAUCUGCAGAACUCUGGGCACGUUGCACCGUUUGUUAUUGUCUCAGAGGAGGCCAUCGCUAAGGGCAUCCGACGCAUUGUUGCUGUGACAGGAGCAGAAGCACAGAAGGCCCAGAGGAAAGCUGAUUCUCUGCGCCAGGCUCUUGCUGCUCUAGGAGACAAGGUGAAGCAGCAGAGCUCACCCAACAAGGACAUCCAGAAGGAGAUUGCUGACACGACAGAGUCCAUCGGCACCGCUGUCAUCUCGCAAUGGCAGAAGGACGAGAUGAGGGAAACUCUAAAAGGCCUUAAAAAGAUCAUGGACGAUUUGGACCGCAACUACAAGGCUGACAUCCAGAAGAGAGUCCUGGAGAAGAUAAAGGAGGAGAUUGAAAAGAACCCCAACCAGGAACUGCUUAUCAUGGAGAUGGAGCCCGGAGCGUCCGCAAAGGCUCUUAAUGAGUCACUGAAGCUGUUGAAGACCAGCUCUCCGCAGACCGCUGCCAUGCUGUUUACAGUGGACCCUGAGGCCGGCAAGGUGACAUGCCUCUGCCAGGUCCCACAGGAGACUGCCAAGCGCGGUUUGAAGGCCAGCGAGUGGGUCCAGGAGCUCUGUCCCCUCAUGGACGGGAAAGGCGGAGGGAAGGACAUGUCUGCUCAGGCCGCUGGCAGAAACACAGAGUGCCUGCAGGAAGCACUAAAGAUGGCCGACGCCUUUGCACGACUUAAAUUAGAAAAUUGA